CCGGGCGCGCUCCGCGGCGCGCAUGCGCAGGAGGGCUGUUAGCUCCGCCGUUAGCGCCGGGGCUCUAUGGGGAGAACAUGGCUCCUUUCCCCGAGGAGGUGGAUGUUUUCUCGGCUCCGCACUGGCGGAUGAAGCAGCUCGUGGGGCUCUACUGCGACAAGCUUUCCAAGACCAACUUCUCCAACAACAAUGAUUUUCGGGCUCUUCUUCAGUCUCUUUAUGCCACCUUCAAGGAAUUUAAAAUGCAUGAGCAGAUUGAAAAUGAGUGUAUCAUUGGUUUGCUGCAGCAGCGUAGCCGGACGGUCUACAAUGUGCACUCGGACAAUAAGCUCUCGGAGAUGCUCAGCCUCUUUGAGAAGGGAUUGAAGAAUGUGAAGAAUGAAUAUGAACAGCUAAACUAUGCAAAACAGCUGAAGGAGAGAUUGGAAGCCUUUACCAGGGAUUUCCUUCCUCAUAUGAAAGAGGAAGAGGAGGUUUUCCAGCCAAUGUUGAUGGAAUACUUUACUUAUGAAGAAUUGAAAGAUAUUAAGAAGAAAGUAAUUGCACAGCACUGCUCACAGAAGGAAGCUGGAGAAUUCAGAGGUCUUAGUAAGUGGAAUCAAGCAGAAGAGCUUCAGAAGGUCUUUAAGUAUUCUGUGGAUGAGAAGACAGAUCAAGAAACCGAAGUAACAGGGCACACUACAAAUAUUACUAAUCUUCCUCCUGAAGUAAUGCUGACCAUUUUCAGUUACCUUAACCCCCAAGAGCUAUGUCAGUGUAGUCAAGUAAGCACUGAAUGGUCACAGCUGACUAAAACUGGAUCUCUCUGGAAACAUCUUUACCCUGUUCGCUGGGCCAGAGGUGAUUGGUAUAGUGGUCCUGCAGCAGAUCUUGAGACUGAACCUGAUGAGGAAUGGGUGAAAAAUAGAAAAGAUGAAAGUCGUGCUUUCCAAGAGUGGGAUGAGGAUGCGGACAUAGAUGAAUCAGAAGAAGCAGCUGAAGAUUCACUUGCCAUUACUAUAGCACAAAUGGAAAAACGUUUACUCCAUGGCUUAAUUCAUAAUGUCCUCCCGCAUGUAGGCUCCUCAGUCAAGACAUUAGUAUUGGCCUACAGUUCUGCAGCAUCAAGCAAAAUGGUUAGACAGAUCUUGGAGCUUUGCCCCAAUUUGGAAUACUUGGAUCUCACUCAAACUGAUAUUUCAGACUCUGCAUUUGAAAGUUGGUCUUCAGUUGGUUAUUGUCAAAAUCUACGCCACCUUGAUCUGUCUGGGUGUGAAAAAAUCACCGAUGUGGCCGUAGAGAGAAUUUCCAGAGCACUGGGGGUCAUAUCGACUCACCACACCAGAGGGCUUCUGAAAAGCUGCAGAAACAGGAAUGCCAAGACUUUGUGGAAAAACAAAGAGAUUACUCUGCAGUCCAACAAGAAGUAUAAUUGUUUGCAUGAAAUCAGCAAUGAAAGCCUCAUUGAGGGGGGAGAUGGUGAGCAGCAUUGGACUAAACCUGACGGCUCAGAAAACUUCAAUUCUGCUUAUGUGUGGAUGCUGGAUGCUGAUGAUUUAGCAGACAUUGAAGAUGCUGCAGAGUGGAGACACAGAAACGUUGAAGGAUUUUGUCUUAUGGAACCAACGUCCCAUGUUAGCUGUUCUGCAUCGUGCUACAGUAGAGACAUUUAUGGAUUAAGGACUGGAGGGUGGCAGCAGCGCUGUGCUUCUACUGACUUGAUUUACUGCGGUCACUCAUUUUGUUGUGCUGGGACGGCACUGAGAACUAUUCAAGCACUUCCAGAGUCCUCUGCACUGUGUCAGAAACCACCAAGGACUAAGCAGUCAGAGAAAAAAGACUUGACAUACUCUGGGAGUGAAAAUGCAGAUGAAGAGGCUGCACGAGUUCUCCAGUUUCUCAGUCUGUCUGGGUGUUACCAGGUCACAGACCGUGCUCUCAGGGCAUUGACUCUGGGAGGAGGACUGCCACAUUUGGAACACCUGAACCUCUCGGGUUGUCUCACUGUAACUGGUGCAGGCCUGCAGGAGUUAGUUUCUGCAUGCCCUUCUCUGAACGAUGAACACUUUUACUACUGUGACAACAUUAACGGUCCUCAUGCUGAAACCGCCAGUGGAUGCCAGAACUUGCAGUGUGGUUUUCGGGCCUGCUGCCGCUCUGGCGAGUGAGCGCUGACUCCUGCCCUUUCAGUUUACUUCAUUUAGCUGAGCAGGCUUCCUCUCAUGCACUUUACUUACAGUCUGCAUCUUGUGUUAACAGUCCUUGGAGUGAGAUUCGUUAUACUAGCCCGACCCUGCCCACAACCUCCAGCUCUUAAUUUUGAGUGUACUGUACAGUGUUGUAAGAACCUCACAACCUCUUUUGGUUUGAAGGGUGUUGGGUUUUCUUUUACUUAACUUGGGGAAGAUGGGAAAACAUUCAGAUUUUUUGUUUGU